AUGCCGAAUCCGCUCCCCCGCUUCCUGCGCUGUGUGCAUGAUCUCUGCCACAAGCUACAGAGGGCUCGCUGCGCCGACGAGUGCUAUCUUCUCGCCCUCCCAGCCGAGCUCAGGAACAUGAUCUGGCACUUCGCUUGCACGGACGCACCACAUAUCGAGAUCGGUACUAGGCAGAUCCCCGCCACCCUCAUAAUCUGCAAGCAAAUGCGAGAAGAGAUGUACCUGAUGUACUACGCUCUUGGCUGCUACGCCUAUACUGACCACGGCCAUCUGCGUCAAGGCGGUCAAGACGACACAGCCUCUAUCUCGCGCUGGCUAGCAGAUAUGAGAAUCAACCAGAAGGAGAUCACGCACUUGGAACUUCGAUUGGAUGGCUCGUCUCGCGUCAUGCCAAGGACAUUCUCACAACAUCAACGAAACACUUUACCUAACUUGCUAUUACCUGAAAUUAGAUGGAUUUGGCAUAUUGACAAUGCUGCACAAGAGUCAGCUGAGGGACUGAUUUAUAGCAUCUGGUCAUCUCAGGUGCCGAUCAAGACUGUGGCGAUUGAAUUACCUUUCACAGAGUCAAAGAUGACGCGGAAGGAGUUUCGAUUUAGGUGGCGCUGGGCCAUCGAGUUGUUCUAUCGACUUGGAGAGCGACUACCAGACACGAUAUUUGUGGCUGCUGGUGGCACGACCCACACUGUGUCCUUUCUCAGAGCCAUUCAGAUCGUUUACCUGACCAGUACAUGA